AAAAUAAUAUUUAAAUAUUAUUAGAGUGUGUACAUAAAAAAAAACCCCCUUUUUUUUUUUUUUUCCGUAAAAAAAAAACCAAAAUGUAUUAUAAUACUAUUUUUUUAAAGACUUUUGCACUUUUGUGUAUGGUCGUUGCUAUUUAUGCAGAUUCAAAACAACCAACCCUCACUCUUAAAGGUCAGAUUUUUGAUCAACAUCCAUUUUUUAAUAAUAAUUUCGAACCAGCAGGGGGUAGUCUUAGAGUUGGUCUCGUUAAUCCACAAAUCGAUACACUCCAUAGAGUCCCAGUUUUAAGAUCUCUUGAUAAAAACAAUCAAGUCAACAAGGAUGGCAGAAUGAUUACACCAGAAUAUUUCCAAUAUUUCUUUUCCUCAAAUAAUGGGGCCCCAGUAACUGCAAAUUCUGGUAGAAAUGAAGUUGUCUAUUUUGAUGUUGUUUUAAAUUGGGACGACCAAAAGGGUGUUUAUGUUUAUAACAACCAAAAGUUUUUCCCAAUUAACAAUAAAGGUUUUGAUGCUUCAAAAUCAUAUCAAGGUAUUGAAUUAAAGAGAUAUAGUGAUGGUUCCAAUUAUCAAAAUUUCCAUUUCUGUUUAAAAGUUAAUUCCAAAUUCACCUAUUCCGGUUAUGAAAUUUUUGAUUUUACUGGUGAUGAUGAUGUCUAUGUAUUUAUUAAUGAUGUACUCGUUGUAGAUUUAGGUGGUCUCCAUACUUCAGAAAGUAAAAGUGUAUCAUUAUCCACAUUAAAACUCAACAAAGGUCAAACUUACAACUUUGAUUUCUUCUAUUGUGAAAGACACACAACAGCUUCAACCAUCAAAAUCAGUACCAACAUCGAAGUAUACUGCCCAUGGGAAGAUUACUGUGGUGCUUGUCAAGGUGAUGGUAGCAACUGUUGUAAUGAAAAUGUUUGCAAUGAUAGUGACCCAUGCACCAUCGAUAUAUGUCCACCACCACAAACAGUUAUUGCUCCAGGUAAAAAAAUUAGUGAUUAUUGCACUCACGUUUAUGAUACUAAUUUCUGCUCUGCCCAAGAAAAUGCCUGUGUCUCUCUUAAAUGCGAAAAACAAGUUGCCCCAAAUGUAACUGUUUGCCCACUUUCACAAGCUGAUAUCGAUAAUUGUUAUGAAGCUGUUAACUGCGAUCCAGUCAAAGGUUGCGGUAAAAAAUUCAAAUGUGAUUAUGGUUUCUAUAAUUGUAAUACUGGUAAAUGUGAUGGUAAAGGUAAUUGUGUUAAGAAAACUGAUGAAUUCUGUUACGAUGAACAACAAAGUUACUGCCAAGAUUACACUUGUCAAGAGGGUAAAGGUUGUGUUAUUAAAGGUCUUAGAUGUCCAGUAAAUGUCAGUGAACCAUGUUACGAAUAUAAAUGCGACUAUGCAACUGGUGCCUGUAGUACUAUUAAAAUCCCAGAUGACUUAUGUACUGGUUGUUGCUCUGUCAACGAUUACACAAAAUGUCAAGUUGCUUUUUGUGAAGACGGCCAUUGUAAACCAAAGAAUAAAGUAGAUUUACCAGAUUAUGAUGAUAAUAACCCAUGUACAAUUAAUACUUGUGAUGAACUAACUGGUAAUAUGGUUUAUACCCCAAUUAAAUGUGGUGGUUGUGAACUUUGCAACAGAAAAAAUGGCCAAUGUGAACCAAACAACUCAUUAUGCUCAGUAACCAAUAAUUGUACUCUUCCAAAUUGUGUCCAUAUUGGUAAUAAAGAUGAUGUCCCAACUGGUGAAUGUCAAAAUAAAGAAAAACAAUGUGGUCAAGAUGAUCCAGAUAAGUGUAAAGUUUGGAAAUGUAAUGCAGAUUCAACUAAUGAAGAUAAUUGCGAAUUUGAACCAGUUGUUUGCCCACCAAAAGGUAAUUGUUUAGUUGGUGCUUGUGAUAGCGGUUCAGGUGAAUGUGUCUAUUCCAAUAGAGUUUGUGAAUCACCAGCUUUCUGUAUUGUCGCCGAAUGUAGCGAAGCCGUAGGUUGUGUUACAUACGAUAGACGUUGUGAUGCUGAUGAUGGUCGUUGUCAAAGAGGUGUUUGUUACAAUGAAACUGAAACCGAAAAAGGUAGAUGCGAAUCUGUCGAUUACGAUCCAAAACCAUUCAUUUGUAAGACUGCUGCUGUUGUUUCAACUGCUGUAAUUGCUGGUGUUACCGUUGCUGGUGCUGUUGCCUUAGCUGCCUUUAUUUAUGGUGGUAAGAAGGGUUAUGAUUACUGGAAAGAACACAAUGGUGUUAAAUUCUCUGCUAGUACCUCCAAUCCAUUAUAUGUAGAAUCACCAAAUGGUGGUGUUAAUCCAUUAUAUGCUAAUGGUGCAGAAUAAACCAAUUAAUUCAUUCCACCUCCUCCCAAUUAUUUAUUUAUUUAAAAAAAAAAAAAAUUUAAUAGAAUGCCGAUAAUAUUUCUAUUAAAAUAUAUAUAUAUUUUUUAAAUAUUCAGUAUCUAUAAUUUACAAUCGAAAAAUAAAAAUAAAAAAAAUAAACUGUAUUUAUUUAAAAAAUAAAAUAUUUAUUUCCUUUUAAAAUUAUUAUUUAUAAAUCU